AUGGCUCUAUUUUUACUGAAACUGGAUAAAUCGUUAGCAACACUCAAGGACGUUUAUGGCAGGACCUCUCUUCACCUACUAGCAACCAUGCCCUCAGCUUUCAAAAGUGAAUAUCGAUGGGACACAUGGAUCCACAGUGUCUUGUAUUUCUGCCUUCCAUUCAGUGAUGAUGCAGAUUAUGAUGAAAAUGCUACUACGAUAAUUUUUAAAAGUUGGCUUAUAUUACUGAGAAAAACCUGUGCACUAGCAAUGAGAAACAAGUUGGAAGAAAAGAGAAAGCGUAAACUUGCUUUGAAACUAGUGGAGAAACUAAUAGAAAAAGAUUCUUCUUGGGACGAAACCAUUGCUAAGGAAGCGAUGAUUUUUAAAGACCAGCCUACAGAAGUUUUUUCCCAAGCCGAAGGAGAUUAUACGAAAAUCCCGUUAUUGCUGGCGACUGAAAGGGGAAUAGUAGAGAUUGUGAACAGGAUACUAGACGUAUAUCCCCAGAUAGUUGAGCAUGAAAAUGGUCUGAAUCAGAACAUAUUGCAUGUGGCAAUUAAGCACCGUCAAUGUGAGAUCUUUAAUCAUGUGAAAAAUAUGAAAAUACCAAUGACAAGGUUAGUCCGAAAGGUUGACAUAAAUGGCAACACCAUUUUACACCAUGCUGCAGACAUGGGGGAAGAGACUACAAAGAUUCACCCUGCAGGACCUGCAUACCUACUCCAAGAAGAGAUGAAGUGGUACAAACGUGUAAAGGAGAUAAUGCCCUCCCACUACGCCGAGUUUCGCAGUAAGGCUGGAAACACUUGCGAAGAACUAUUCGAAAUAAAGCACAAUAGACUUCUCGAGAGAGCACAGGGCUGGAUAAAAGAUACUUCUCAGUCUUGCUCUGCAGUGGCUGUUCUCGUUGCUACAAUGGUCUUCGCAGCUGCCUACACUCUGCCUGGAGGUUCCAAUGAAAAGGGGCAUCCAAUUUUCCUCAACAGCACUCUCUUCUUGGUUUUCACAAUCAUGGACGUUAUUGCUUUAGCCUGCUCCUUGACCUCCGUUGUAAUGUUCUUGUCCAUCCUCACAUCGCCUUAUACGUAUGAUGAAUUCCUCCACAAUCUCCCAAGAAAACUCACAAUAGGUUUCUCCUUCCUCUUCAUUUCGUUGGCUACAACAAUGAUUGCAUUUGUGGCAACAUUAUUGCUCAUAAUUCGUUCAGAAAAGCGACAUUGGACCACCACUCUCAUUUAUGCUGCUGCAUUUUUACCGGUCAGCGUAUUUGCACUCAUGAAUUUUCCUAUGUAUGCUGUGUUUGAGAAAAAUUUUGUCAGCAUGUAUGCACUCAUGAAUUUUCUUAUGCAUGCUGCAUUUAAGAAAACUUUGCUCAAGUUGUGUCGUAGAUUGUCUAAAAGUUGGUGUGUCACAAAGCCUUCACAGCCUAAGAAGCAAGCUGCCGGACAGCGACAGGGUUCCACUGCAGACCAAGCAGCUCCUAAAAACCAAUCGCAUACAGAGCAGCUUCAGAACGACAAUCAAUUGUCUAAGAAGAAUAUUAAUGAUAAUAAGCCUGAGCUCCCAGUCUGA